UCCUCAGGGUUAAGUCAUCCCUGUGCUUUGGCCAAUAGCUGCCUCUCAAGCAGGCAUUCAGCCACAGGGCUCCGCCCACGGGGUUUGCUUAAAAGGCAGCGGGGAGCCAACUUGCCUGUGUGACCAUGAAUAGCAGUGCCUGCAGCGGCGACAAAGGCCCAGGAGAGGCGACAGAGGAGAGGUGCUUUCUCAGCAUCUCGGAGGCGGCCGCCCUGGAGCGGGAGCUGCUGGACGAGUACCGCUUUGGGCGGCAGCAGCUGGUGGAACUAUGCGGGUACGGCAGUGCGGUGGCUGUGGCCAAGGCGUUCCCUUUGCCCUCGCUGUCGCGCAAGCAGAGGACGGUACUGGUCGUGUGCGGCCCGGAGCAGAACGGCGCUGUGGGGCUAGCGUGUGCCCGGCACCUGCGGGUGUUCGACUACCAGCCCAGCAUCUUCUGCCCGGCGCGUUCAGCCGACGCUCUGCACUGCGACCUGACCACGCAGUGCGAGAAGAUGGACAUUCCCUUCCUGUCCUUUCUGCCUGCCGAGGUGCGGCUCAUCGACGACGCCUACGGGCUGGUGGUGGACGCAGUGCUAGGCCCCGGAGUGAGGCCGGCGGAGGCGGGCGGGCCCUGCGCGCGCGCGCUGGUCACUCUGAAGCGGCUCUCCAUCCCGCUCGUGAGCCUGGACGUCCCUUCAGGUUGGGACACCGAGGCUGGCGGCGACGCAAAGGAUGAGGUGCAGCCCGACGUGCUAGUGUCCUUCGCUGCGCCCAAGAGCUGCGCGAGUCGCUUCUCCGGGCGCCACCACUUUGUGGUCGGCAGGUUCGUGCCUGACGACGUGCGCCGCAAGUUUGGCUUGCUCCUGCCAAAAUAUACUGGCACCGACUGCGUGGCCGCGCUGUGACCUGCACCAAUAAACAUCUCCACCAUC